AUGGUGGCCAAGCUGCGGCGCGACGACAUGUCGGAGGAGGCGAACCCCAUCUGCGACUCCGUCGCGUUCGGCAUCGUUGGCCAGGUGCUCCAGUCCGUGCGGAUGGAGCCGCAUCUAGCUGACUCGCAUGCUCUGGAGCAAUAUCAUAGAAUUGUAGGCAUUCUAGACACCAGCAAGAGAAGGAAUCCUGAUAAGGAGAACCCUGACAAGAAGGCUCUGUAUGUGACGUGUUUGAAGGCAUUAGCAUCAGAAAUAUCCAAAAUAGACAUCAAUUACCAUCAUUCUCUUCUGAAAAAUAUAUUCACUGUCUCCAUCUGGUAUUUGCCAAAUGAUACCAUUCCUGAGUUCUUGGAGCUAAUAACCAGAUUGGCUGCAGUGGCAGAUGAUUAUCUCACAGAAUGCCUGCAUCUGCUAGUGAACAACUUCGUCCCACCUCUUGUUGAUCGCACAAAGAUGGUUAAAUGGGCAGUUUCAAGGAAGACAUAUAUUUUUUCUCAACUGUGCAUGUGUUUGAUAAGAAUCUCCAAUAUUAUACCCUUAGCACCAAAGGUCUUAAGGGGUAUAAUUGAUAAGUGUAUGCCGAACUUAUUCGAUAGCAAAGAUAAGACAAUUUCAUUUGUCGAGUGCAUGUUGGGGCUAGAUACUGGAAGGAUGGGGGAUCUUAUCAGAGCUGUUUUGCUGGAUAAAAUUGUUCAUCUUCUAACAGAAUUAGAUGUUAAUAUAACCUGGGAAGGUAUUCUUCAAGAGCAACAUAACAAAGGUAUAUUUGACAUGGAGCUUCAAGAUUUGGAUGGCAAUGAGGAGGAGGAUGGCCUUGGACACGGAGGAGUAAAGGUUUUAUUGGGAGCAAAUGCACAUGCUGAAAAGCUUGAUGAUUUAAUGGUUGUUAUAUUUGAGCACUUCAAGUCAUUAGAUGCUCAGUGCCUGCAUAAGGAAUUCACAAUUUUGAAGACUAUAUUUCGAGCAUCUGUGCUGACAGUGGACACACCAAAAUUUGUCCAGUUUAUCAUGUUCUAUAUCUGCGCACGGGAUCCUGAAAUAUGUGCUCUCGAAUUUGCUCUUUUUCUUACUGACAUUUUUAAGAAUAAGGAAGAGGAUCCAAUUUCAAGAAUGUCCGCAGUUUCAUAUAUUGGAAGUUAUUUGUCUCGGGCAAGGUUUAUUUCUGACGAUACAGUUGUUGCUAUCAUUGGGAAGUUAGUAGAUUGGUUGGUUGACUACUGUGACCAUGAGAGCACAAGAGAGUCCACACCAAUUCCAAACCAUCAGUUAUUUUAUGCGACCUGCCAGGCUGUGAUGUAUUUCCUUUGCUUUCGCUUGAGAUAUAUUAUGGAUUGUCCAAAUCUUAAAUCAGAUCUGUUCCGUAUGCCUUUUGGAACUCUGUUUCACCACCAAUUGGAACCUCUAAAGGUAUGCUUGCCUUCGAUAGUAAGUGAGUUCCUGAGACAGGCGAAGGGUGCCAAAUUGGUCGCUAAAUUUGUGGAUCCAGCAGCUAAAGAUACAGUUGAAUCUGAUUGCUCAAGGACUUCUGGAGGAAUCAAUAGAUUUGACAUGUUCUUCCCGUUUGAUCCCUACCUACUCAAAGAAUCUGACAGAUACAUCAGUUCACAUUUCGAGGUCUGGUCCAUGGUCAUGACAGAGAGCGACGACAGUGAUGAUGUCCUUGACACCCCUGAGAUGAACGCGGAUGGUGGCGGCAGCUUCAGCAUGCCCGCGAGGAUCAAGCCUUCGGCGAGCCCUCCCAUGUCAGGAGACCCACCAUAG